AUGGACGGAAGCUUGGGAGACUUUCUGAGAAUACUGGCGGACAUAUUUGCAAGAGAACCGCCUGUCAUGGCGAGACCUAAUAAUCAGGCACAGGCACAGGCACAGGCACGAUUUGCUUCGCAACCACAACCACCUCCUCGACCACCCCUCCCAAGCGUGCAACAGCCACCGUCGAUCGGGCCACCAGGUCUUGUAUCUGGCCCUCCGCCUCCGCCUCCGAAGUCCUCAAAUUACAUUGAUGGCCCGAGACAGGAAGGCAUCUCGAGAUCAGACUCCCAGCGCUUCAGUCGGUAUGACGGUCCUCCUUCCUUACCAGCUCCAGCUGCUACUGCUGGAACGCCCAUCUUUGGCUCACCUCCGCCACAAGCCCCAUAUCAACCACAAGGACGAAGUGUUUCACGACAAAGCUACCACGGUCCGCAACAACAUCCACCAUCAGCUGUGUAUCAACCUCAGAGGCAGUCAAUAGCUGGUCCGCCAACGAUAUUUCAUGCCCAACAGCUUGUACCGCAACAAGGAGCUCGACCGCCACAGCAGUUACAAGGCACGAACCUCCAGUCCUAUCCACUUUCAACUUCUCAACAAGCACCGCAGCAAACAGUGUUUCAGCAUCACUCUCAACAGCAAGCACCCUAUCUGCCCCAACCACCACCGCCUUCAUCAGCACCUAUAGCGGAACCCAGACAACCAAAUCUCAUGGAUGAAUCACCCUUCGAUGUUUCGCUUCCUGUGUCAUCUGCAAACAUUCCGACACCCACGAUUCCUCCCAAUCCUGAAAAGCAGCACAUUCUCCAAACAUUGCAAACCACCUUGCUUUCGAGUUUGCAAAACCAAAUCACCCAGUCGUCCUCUGCUAUCGCACCUUUGCAGGCCCAGAAUAUAGCACUACAGGCGGCUCAUCACACCCUGCAGCAAGAGCUUGCUCAACUACAAGCUCAACAUUCCCAACUUCAGCAAAACAUUACGUCGUUGAACUCCACCAUCGCAGCGGCUGAUCGUACUAUUGACAAUGCACGCAAUGCGUCCUCGCCUUCCAAGGUACCCAAUAUUGACGACCUAAUCAUUCCACCUACAGUCGUUGCACGGCAGCUCUAUGAUAACGUUGCUGAGCAAAGAGGCUACGAAGCAGCUAUAUACGCCCUGACUGAAGGCUUCGUAAGAGGUAGGAUGUCCUACGACAUUUGGGUCAGAAAAGCCAGAGAAUGUGCCAGGGAGGAAUUUAGGCGGAAAUGGCUGGUCCGUCGUGUUGGCCGCGGCAUGGGUUUGGAGAUGGAAAACUAG